UUCCCGACACAGACUACACCCAGGAAAAGAAUUGCAAACGCCAUGUUGAAGCCAUCACUGCUACUGAAACCCCUCUUACUCCUGCAGCUGCCUCUGCUGGGGGUGGGGCUGAACUCCACAGUCCUCAAGCCCAGUGGGAAUGAAGACGCCACAGCUGAUCUCUCCUCGAAUUCUAUGGCUCCUGAAUCCCUCAGUGUUUCCACCUUGCCUCUCCCAGAAGUUCAGUGCUUUGUGUUCAAUGUGGAGUACAUGAAUUGCACUUGGAACAGCAGCUCUGAGCCCCAGCCUACCAACCUGACUCUGCAUUAUUUGUACAAGAACUCUGAUAAUAAUACCUUCCAGGAGUGUGGCCACUAUUUGUUCUCAGAAGACAUCACUUCUGGCUGUUGGUUUCAAAAAGAAGAAAUCCAUCUCUAUGAAACAUUUGUUGUUCGGCUCCAGGAUCCUCAGAAACCCAAGAGAUUGGUCACACGGAGGCUGGCACUGCAAAAUCUGGUGAUCCCUUGGGCUCCAGAGAAUCUAACACUUCACGACCUGAGUGAAUCUCAGCUGGAACUGAGGUGGGACAACAGAUAUUUUGAUCACUGUUUACAACACUUGGUGCAGUACCAGAGUGACCAGGAUCGUGGCUGGACUGAACAAAUAGUGGAUCGUAGACGGUACUUCUCCCUGCCUAGUGUGGAUGGGCAGAAAUUAUAUACAUUCAGAGUUCGGAGCCGCUUUAACCCACUUUGUGGAAGUGCUCAGGUUUGGAGUGAAUGGAGCCACCCAAUCCACUGGGGAGGCAGUACUUCAAAAGAGAAUCCUUUGUGGUUUGCAUUGAAAGCUUCACUUAUCCCCCUUGGCUCUGUGGGAGUGAUUGUUUGCCUUUUCUUUGUGUAUUUUUGGAUGGAAAGGACAAUGACUCGAAUUCCCACUCUCAAGAACCUAGAGGAUCUGGUUACUGAAUACCAUGGGAACUUUUCGGCCUGGAGUGGUGUGUCUAAAGGACUGGCGGAGAGUCUGCAGCCAGACUACAGUGAACGGUUCUACCAUGUCAGUGAGAUCCCCCCAAAAGGAGGAGCCUUAGUGGAGGGGCCUGGGGGCUCCCCCUGCAGCCAACAUAGCCUCUACUGGCCCCCCUCCCAUGUUAUACCCUGAAGCCUGAGCUUCUAUCUCCAGCUAGAUCCCCAGGGUCCUGUAGCCCUAAAUUAUAUUAACUUCCCCUCACCCAUCCUACCUCCCUCUCUGGGUAAAUUUGAUUUUUUUUGAUGGUACUGGAGAUUCAACCCAGAGCCUUCCACUUGAGCCAUGUAUCCAGCCUUUAUUGUAAAUUUUAUACCCCAAAUGUGAUUGCAUCUUAAUUAGAUAUCACCCUACUUAGGUACUGUUCCUUUACUCUGUACAAGUUUCUCAUCUCCCCCAGUCUAGCCCUUGCUUUUACAGGAUUCUUUCUCCCUCCAUCCCUUCAUCGCCCUCUUCCACCUAACCCUGAAUUUGGCCUACCCCCGAUGGUUCCUGAAUCAUUAAGAAAUAAAGUUGCUCUUGCUAAUCAUCAA